AUGGCCGACCAAACCAGCGCCCAGCCUGCCGUCGACGAGACACCCAUCGCUCCCGUCCGCCCCGGCGACCGCAAGAACUCGCUCGAGCACCACCUGAAGGAGCGUCCCGAGCGUUCUGAGCUUGUUGAUAAGAACAUCCUACCCGCAUCGUCUGCUGCCCCGAGCCUACAGGAGAAGCAAAAAGAGCUUGAGAAGCACAUGAAAGCCGAUACCCUCAACGACAAAAUCUCCCACCGCCCGCCUCCCGAGAAGCUUAUGCAGGAGGGUGUGCUCAAAGAAGACCCCCGAUCGCCCGACGAGAAGUAUGCUGAGGCUAUUGAGGACGAAUAUGCCAAGAGGGAGGGCGGUGCUUGA